GCCUGCGUCACACGCGCGCCGCCGCUUAGCUCUAGUGUUGAGCCUGGGGGUGUGGAUUAUGGGUCCGGGCGUGCAGCUUCCCCCCGAGAUCCAGCUGGCACAGCGUCUAGCGGGCAACGAGCAGGUGACCCGGGACCGAGCGGUGCGGAAGCUCCGAAAGUACAUUGUCGCCAGGUCCCAGCGGGCCACAGGUGGCUUCACGCAUGAUGAACUGCUGAAAAUAUGGAAAGGGCUAUUUUACUGCAUGUGGAUGCAGGACAAGUUGCUCCUGCAGGAGGAGCUAGGGAAGACCAUUGCUCAGCUUAUCCAUGCUUUUCAGACCACAGAGGCACAGCACCUGUUCUUGCAGACCUUCUGGCAGACCAUGAGUCGUGAGUGGGCAGGCAUUGACCGGCUGCGCCUGGAUAAGUUCUAUCUGCUCAUGCGGAUGGUCCUGAAUGAGUCCCUGAAGGCCGUGAAGAUGCGAGGAUGGGGAGAGAGGGACAUCGAGCAGCUGCUACAGUUGCUGAUGACUGAGAUCUUGCAUGAGGACAGCCAGGCUCCCAAUGGUGUGAAGAGCCACUUCCUCGAGGUCUUCUUAGAGGAGUUGACCAAAGUGGGCGCCGCCGAGCUCACAGCUGACCAGAACCUGAGAUUUGUGGAGCCUUUCUGUAGGAUUGCCGCCCACACUAAGGACUCCCUGGUUCUGCACAACAUCACACGAGGCAUCUUCGAGACGAUUGUGGAGCAGGCCCCCUUUGCCAUUGAAGACCUCAUGAAGGAAUUGAAUGCGCAGGAAGGGAAGGACGAGGUGUCAGACAGUGAUGAUGAAGCAGAUGGUGAUGAGGAGUCACCAGAUGGUGGACGUGUGCAUGAUCUGCCACCACAGAAGCUGCCUGCAGGCUCCCCAGAGCAGGUGGCAGAUGAUGAGGACAGCACCGGCCCCGUCCUCCAGUUUGACUACGAGGCAGUUGCCAACCGGCUAUUUGAGGCAGCCAGUCAACAGAACACCCCCUCUCAAAAUAGGAAGCGCCUCUACAAGGUCAUCCGCAAGUUGCAGGACCUGGCUGGAGGUCACUUCCCUGAGGAUGAAGUCCCUGAAAAGGCCUGCAGUCGUCUGCUGGCAGGGAGGAGGGUGCGGAAGGCAAAGCGGCGCUGGCUGCAGCGGCAAGCACAAAGCCAAAGAGGGGAAGUUGAGCAGGAGGCAGCACCGAGUCCAGACCUGAGCCCUGGAGAUGAGGGGAAGAAGAGCAGGAAGAGGCCCAAGAGGAUUGGCCCUGGGCUGCACAAGGGAGCCAGUGGCAGGAAAGGGCCCUGCCAGAAGAGGAAGCAGGCUGGACAGGCGUGUGUUGCUCCAGCAAAAGCUGCUGGCACCCAGAAGCUCAAGAGGAAGAAGAAACGGCCGCUGGAGAGCGGGUAGUGCUGUGACCGGGCAGGGAUGAGCAGCACCAUGCAGGUGCCCAGGUACCGACUGAACUGCAUGUAGGCAGGGCAGCACAUGGGUCAGCCUAGCCUCUGAUGCCUGUGGUCCCCAACUUCUGUUGGGGUGGAUAAGGAGGGCAAGCCCAGGACAUGCAUCUGCUUCAGGGCUACCAUCUGCACUUUCUCUCUUAGAGCCUCAUCGCCAAGGGACUGUCAUCCAUGCCCUGGGGUCUCAUCGAAUAAAAUGCCGUGGGUCCUGCCA